AUGUCGCAACCAAUACUCUCAUUAAUGCCCGACGAGAACAAGUCCAAAGCUGUGGCGAAUCUUUUGCCAUGCCGUAUACACCAUGACGGAACAAUUGACCAGGCAUCGGCAUUUUGGACUCCUACUACUACCGAUGAGGGCACAAAGCUAGCAUAUUUCCGAGGUAGAAAACUUCAUGGAAAGGUGGUAAAAAUGCCAGAACAAUGUCGAGGUGUUGUUGUCGAACGAGCGCCCGAAAACGACACCAAAAGUGCCAACGAGGACGUGGUAGAGGAUCUCGAUGCCGACCAAGAGCCAGAACAAAUAGGAAGCAUGAAAAUAACUGCCGAGUUUGACGAGAUGGUCGUUUGGGGACACGAGACCGUGGCGGAUGCCAGUGCAGAUCCUUAUGUUCGCAGUAUGGAGGAGUGGUUUCAGAUGGCCGAUCGGGUAUGGCUCGAUAUCGACUAG